UUUGCCCAUUUUUAUUCGGACUAGUUUUUUUAUACUAAAAACAUAAUUUGUUGUUGUAAAAUAUGGGCUUUUUUACUUAUUGUUCAGCAAUUCUUCUAACAUUUUAUAUGGAAUCAACACAAGCUUAUCGUUUUAUACAGUAUCGGCAAACACCCUUUGCGAACAUUAACCCUCUUAUUUUGAGUCCAGAAAUUGAUCCUUAUUUCUCUACAUUAAAACAUUAUGGAUUAACAACAACACCCAUAAAUGAUGACGAUCCAACAGCUUUAAAAGCAUACAGUUGUUCUUUAAUGGUAUGCCAGGAUCAAGAUAAUUUGAGUCCGGUAUGUGCCUGCAAUUUUAAUACGGGCAAUGUAGUAUCGUUCAAAAAUCAAUGCGACGUACUUAAACAUAAUUGUAGAUUUGAUACGGGUUUUCGAGUCAUUUUGAAUGAGAUUUGUCCUUGGGAGUUUCAAUCAAGAAGAGACAACAGUCAGAUGGAGUUUGAUUACAAUGACCCUAAGUAUUAUAAUGACUAAAGUCUAAAUUACAAGAGCAAUAACAUUAAAGUGUAAAAACAAAA